GGCUCGCUUAGUCAACGGUGUUCUGUUAGUACGAAACCAUCUUGUAGACGGUGAACAUUACAACCAAACUUGACGUUUUUUGACUGGAACUCAAAGACGUAUAGUUUGAGACUUUACUUCGGGUUUACUCUUCAGUUUUAUAUUUUGUAGUAAAACGGUAGAAGUGACACAAGUGCGGUGGUUUAUUUUAUUAAUUUUUUUUUUUUGGGAAAAAUGGUCCGGCGAAAAAUGCCGCCUCGUUCUGUGUCCCUCAGUGAGAAUCUCCUAUGAUUUUUAAGGAGAAUGUUAUUGUUUUUAGUCAGGACGUUAACAGUUUACCGGCUCACGAGGGCCGUGCGGUAGUAAAUGUGUUCCUGAAUGGAGCGGUGUUGGACAAGGGGCCAGUCCGGCCCUGAUAAUUGACAAAUGGCUGCGGGGGUUGAAGCGCCCGAUGCGCAUGCGCCAGGGCCGGCCGAGUCGAGACACGAGUCGGACCUGUACACCAGGCCUGGCUGGGUAGACGCUGAUGUUGCGCUGGCGCAGCUUAAUCAGGAGAAAGCAGUAGGAGACCGAGGCGUUCUAUGGAUCCGAAGCCGUAUCCAAAGACUCCUAAAAUCUUUAGGAAAAACGUUAGAAACCCACGCGGGGAAAUUCCUGUUUGUCAGCAUUCUGGCAAUAGCGACUUUCUCGGUGGGUUUGAAAAGUAUGGCGUUCCAUACCGAUAUUGAGCUCCUUUGGGCAGAACCGUCUACCACACCGGAAUCCUCUCCCAAAGAGAUGUUAUCAACUCACCAAAUGGUUGUGCAGACUGCCGUAGAUCCGGACGUAGAUCUACUUAAUUCGCACAGCCUUUUAGAGCAUUUACUUCUAGUCCAAAAAGCCACACAAGUUAGCAUUAAUAUGUUUGAAAUAACCUGGAGAUUAAAAGACUUUUGCCAAGCACCAAGCAUUCCUAAUAUUGAUACUCAGUAUAUUGCGCAGAUAUUUGAAAAUAUAAUGCCAUGUUCCAUUAUUACACCGUUAGAUUGCUUUUGGGAAGGAUCUAAGCUUUUGGAACCACAUUAUCCUGUACACAUACCAUAUCGUGGUGCAGACCAAAUAAAGUGGACCAACCUUAACCCAAAGGCGCUAGUAGAACAAAUGCAGAGCAGUGAGUCAAACUUUGACUACCACUCCUUAAACGACUAUUUAAAGCGAGCUGGCAUUACAUCAGGCUACCAAGAAAAGCCCUGCUUGAACCCGAAAGACCCACAAUGCCCUACGACUGCACCAAACUUCAAUUCCUCACAACCUGUGGACAUUGGAGCAGAACUCACUAGUGGUUGCUACGGUUUUGCUGCCAAGUACAUGCACUGGUAUGAAGAACUGAUUGUUGGAGGAGUAAAGAAGAACAAGACUGGGCAUAUUAAAGAAGCCAAAGCCCUUCAAACUGUAGUGCAGCUGAUGGGGGAACACGAGUUAUAUGAGUUCUGGUUUGGUCACUAUAAGGUACACCAUAUUGGGUGGAACGAAGAGCGGGCUGCUAUGGUGCUGAAUGCUUGGCAAAAGAAGUUUGCACAGGAAAUUGACCGUCUAACUAAAGCCAAGAAGAGUUCGUCUUCAUCAUACUCCUUCAUAACUUUUUCGACAGCGAACGUAAACAGAAUCCUAAAAGAAUAUUCGAAAACUGAGUUCGUAAAGUACGGUGUAGUGAUCGGAGUGUUAGCGAUAUAUGGGUGGGCCGUUCAGUCAGCGCUUGCUUUUAUCGGAACUCUGGUAUUAGCUAGCACAGCUGCGGCAGCGCUGGGUGUGUGUAGCUUAAUCGGACUCCCAACGAAUUUACUCAGCACCCACGUGCUCCCAUUUGUGAUGGUCGGCCUUGCGAUGCGUGAAAUGUUCCUUAUGUUAAGUACGCAUACGAAAGAUUUAACCCCGCCCGAAAUAUUAUUACGAACUGGUCCGAGUGUUGUGUCUGCGAUGCUUAUCAAUUCAGCAGCAAUCCUGACGACUGCGUUGUUACCGGUGCCUGCGCUAAGAGUGUUUGCGUUGCAGUGCGCAGUCAUGUUGAUUUUUCACGGCGCGGCUUUACUGAUCGUGUUUCCUUGUUUGUUGGCUCUGGAGCAGAGAUGUCGAAAAUCUGAUAUGCCCUGUUUUAGGAGAGAGAAUAAAGGAAAGACUGCUACUAUUCAGAACAAUAAUAAUAAUGCUGAACACGGCACAAACCUCCUGACGGCUGAAAUGAUUUGCCAACAGAAGAAGAGCAUCAUCUCUUACUUCACAACCCGAUUCUUCCAAUCCAUCUUGAUAAAACCAUUCGUCAAAGUACUGAUGUGCUUAUUGUACACCAUAUUGGUGGUAUUUUGCGUAUUCAAUGCCCUCAAUAUCCAAGUGGAUGUACGGUUAUCGUCAUUCCUGCCAAGGAACACCCAGGAGUACAAGUAUCUCGAGGCCAAUGACAAAUACUUUGGAUUUUACAAUUUUUACUUGGCAACCACUGAACUGGAAUAUCCGUUUAUCCAGCCGCUGCUUUAUGAAUAUCACUCGUCACUCACUCACGUUCCUCAUGUUCUUAAAGAUUCAAAUGGGGGAUUGAGCAUGAACAACUUUUGGCUGGAAAACUUUCGAGAUUACCUUGAAGACCUGCAGCAGGAAUUCGAUAAUAGCAGAGCAUCAUAUUGUUUGAAUAGUCAGAAAUGGUUUCCCAAUGCGACCGAAAAAGCAGUAUUAGCCUUUAAGUUAAUGGCACAAACUGGUAUAGUAGAAUUCCCAGUAGACAAAAGUCAAAUAUUAAGGAAAAGACUGGUACAUGAUGGUAUUAUAGAUCCCAAAGCAUUUUAUAACUAUUUAUCCGUUUGGAACAGUAAUGAUCGGAUCUCAUAUAGCAGCAGCCAGGCUAAUUUUACUCCUAAGCCUUUCCAGUACGAGAGUUCAAAAGCGGAAUGUGAUUUGAAGAUUCCAAGAUCACAACCUCUGACCUACACCCAAAUGCCUUUCUACCUCAAAGGACUCAGAAGUACUGGAGAUAUUAUCGCUACUUUGAAGCAAAUUAAAAGUAUUUCUGAAGAAUAUAAUAACCGAGGAUUGAAGAAUUAUCCGUUAGGACUUAUCUUCGCUUACUUUAACCAGUUCCUACUUCUAGAUAGAUUAAUAGCAAUACAACUUUUACUUACUUUGAUAGCAGCAGCUUUAGUUGCUUGCCUCCUUGUGAGGUGGAACAAGCUAUGGUGCUCCUUAUUUAGUACCAUGGGGGCUAUGCUUCCUCUAUGCCUCAUUAAUAUUAAUGCAUUUAGUAGCACUAUGGGGGCUCUUCAUUUCAUUAUUAUCAGUAGAAACAUUCUUCUGCUGACAACUGGAUUCCUUAGUGCAGUGGGCAGCAGAGAGAGAAGAGUUAAGAUGUCUCUAGAAGUAAACGCUGAUGCAAUUCUUAAAGGUGACAUUGGGCUCCUUCUAGCAAUCUUAGUUCUUGCUUUGUCUGAGUUCGAGUUCAUUCAUAACCAACUAUUUGUGUUCCUAAUUAUCUCCAUUAUAACGUCAUUUAUCAAUUCAUUCAUCUUUUUCCCUCUCAUGUUGGUGAUUAUGGGACCAAAAAGCGAGGUCAUCCCAUUAGAGCACACUGAUAGAAUCUCUACCCCUCCACCCCCAUUACCAGCACCAUCAACUGACAAACCUAAGGUAUUCUCAAAAGCUUCACGUAGAAAUCCAUCUAAUAAGGCUACAAGAGAAACUAGCCUGACCACCAUCACAGAAGAAAGUUGCAACCAAAGCAUUAUAGUCGAACCACAAAUUACGGUGGAAUGUAGCAGUCCAGAGUCCAGUGGAUCCAGUGGACCUUACACCACUAAAGUGACCGCCACAGCGAACAUUAAAGUAGAAGUUGUUACGCCAGUAUAUCGUUCAAGUAAGUGCAGCAGUAAGUGUCACAGGAACUCAAAGUGUUCGGGUAGUGCAAGAACGAAACCAAAACCGGUCCCGACUCAUCAUCAACAACAGUGCAAGUGUUGCAAUAAAGACUCUGAUAGUAGUGACAGUACUGCUGAGACAGAACCGUGUCAGUCGAGCUAGCAUUUCGUUACCAUAAGUAGAAACUUAGGUUAACCAAUUCUAUAGAUUAGUUUCCUCGGUUUUUAACCAAAUAACCCUGCCUCGAAGUAUGUAACCCUUAUAUGUAACAUAUUGCUGUUUUAUUGAGACUAAAAUAAAGCUUUAAAAUUGUAUACUUAAGAGACUAAGUAGAGGAGAGCCAUGGCUAGUUGAUGUUCUCCAAUAGUACUUAAUUUAAUGUAAUUUUUAGAAUCUCGUACACUUUUUGUCAGCAGCAAAAAUUAACAUGCUUCUAAUAAGGUCAUGUCAAGACUAAGUAGUUAAGUAGUUCUUUUUCUUUAAAUGUCAUAUGUAAAUAAAUUAUUUUUUCUACGUGAUGUUGCUACUUAUUUGAAUGGAUUUUGUAUUAAUCAAAGAUGUAAGAAGCAUCUCUAAAAUAUGUCCCUAUCAAUUAAUGUUAUAAACAUUUUUGAGCUUAAAAAUUAAGGAAUUUCUUAAUAUGUAUAACUAAGAUUGAAAUCUGUAGAACUGGUUAAUUUAAGACAACCGAAAUCCAAUGUAUAAAUGUUUAUAUUGCAUAUAUGUACACCAUUCAUCUAUUUAUUUUUUUGAAAUCAUGUAAGAUAGUUA